AUGUCUGGCAUCGAGUGGGAGAGGUGGCACGAUGAGAUCACUCAACUCUACGUGACUGAACAGAGAUCUGCGGAGGAAACAAUCAAAACUUUAAAUCAGAGACACAAACUUAGAAUUACAAGUAUCAAACAGUUCAAGAAACGCUAUUCAGGCCUCAAGAAGGUGAGCGCCAACGAAUGGAGAGCAAUCAAACGAGAGAUGCAAAAACAAAAGGCUUCAGGCAAAGAAUGCCUGUUAUUCCUCAAUGGGCGUCAGCUUGGCCCUGACCGGGUUGCUAGAGAGAUGCGUCGAUAUAGCGGCAUUCGUGGUCAAGAUGUACAGGAUGAUGGUGCCCCAAUCGGUGAGUAG